ACCUCCAUCUCCCCAUAAUCAUUACUCUCUCUCCAUAUAAACAAAAUGCGAAGCGUCGUCGUUUUGUCCGUCCUCGUUCUCCUCACCACCGCCUACACCGCCUUAUGCCUCCGCGACGGCCAGCUGCCGAACGGGGACUUCGAGCUAGGACCGAAGCCAUCCGACAUGAAGGGAACGCAAGUGGUAAACAAAACGGCGAUACCGAACUGGGAACUCUCCGGAUUCGUGGAAUACAUCAAAUCAGGACAGAAACAAGGAGACAUGCUCCUCGUGGUUCCUGCCGGGAAAUUCGCCGUCCGGCUCGGCAACGAGGCCUCGAUCAAGCAACGGCUCCGGCUCGUAAAGGGCAUGUACUACUCCCUCACGUUCAGCGCGGCCCGCACGUGCGCUCAGGACGAGCGUCUGAACAUAUCGGCCUCACCCGACUGGGGCGUUAUUCCGAUACAGACGGUCUACAGUAGCUACGGGUGGGAUCUCUACGCGUGGGCGUUUCAAGCCGAGAGUGAACUCGUUGACGUCGUGAUCCAUAAUCCUGGCGAAGAGGAGGAUCCUGCUUGUGGGCCCCUCAUUGAUGCUGUUGCUAUGAGAGCCCUUUACCCUCCUCGACCCACUAAUAAGAACAUUCUGAAGAACGGAGGAUUCGAGGAAGGGCCAUUGGUACUGCCCAACGCGACAACCGGCGUUUUGAUACCGCCGUUCAUAGAAGACGACCACUCUCCGUUACCCGGUUGGAUGGUCGAAUCUCUCAAAGCUGUUAAGUACAUCGACGUCGAGCAUUUCUCCGUCCCUCAGGGCCGCAGAGCCGUCGAGCUUGUGGCUGGAAAAGAGAGCGCCAUAGCUCAGGUGGCUCGGACCGUGGUUGGAAAGACCUACGUGCUGUCUUUCGCUGUAGGAGACGCCAAUAACGCAUGCAAAGGCUCGAUGAUCGUGGAGGCGUUCGCGGGUCGGGACACGAUCAAGGUCCCGUACGAGUCGCGCGGCACAGGCGGCUUCAAACGUGCGGCUCUGCGUUUCGUGGCGGCUUCGGACCGGACGAGGAUUAUGUUCUACAGCACGUUCUAUUCCAUGAGGAGCGAUGACUUCUCGUCGCUGUGUGGGCCCGUGGUCGACGACGUGAAGCUCCUCAGCGUUCGUAAGCCGUAGGAUUCAAAUCCGCGACGGUCAGGAUUUGUUGUGUUGUCGGGCUUUGGUAUACGGAUCAGACAAAGAAUGAGAAGCAAAGCGAAAACGAAGCGUGGGCUUUUUGUGUGGGUGUUUUUAAGAAAAGGGGUGUUUGUUGUGUGUGUCGUGUAGGGUUUAUAAGCUUUAUAUAUAGGCCUUGCUUAUAUAUAUUUUCUUGUAUGAGAAGGCAGUAGAACGGUGCCGUUUUAUGUAGGGGCUUUUUUAAAAAAAUGGUAUGAUACGAAUAUGAGAAUAAAAGUGUUUACAUAUUCACCUAUAA